AUGGUACCUGUAGCAGUGAAGAUGAUGAAUAUAGUGACAAUUAACAAGAAAGACAAGACUGAAGUAACCAUGGCGAAGAGUGCUUCUGCUAUGAUGCCACGUGAGAAGAAGCAGGUGUUAAAUUCAAGUUCCUCCUCGUUAGAAGCAAGUUCUGAACACUUGUCACUUGGGAUGAGAGUGUCGAAGAAUUUAACAGGUAAAUUAGAAUAUAAUGGUUUCAUAUUUUCUCAGAAUUUUAAAGGAAUAAUUUAACACACACACCUUUAACCAAUGCAGGGUCAGUCAGAAACAGACCUACAACACACUGUACAUACACACAUGUACAUGUUCAUGUCAGUGUACGUGGUUUGAUAUAAAAGUAUGCUGAAUGUUUAUAGAUCAGUGCUUCAACUUAAUUUGCCUCACUGUAUUGAAACCUGACUCAAAAUACAGUUAAAAUUGCAGUUUUCCUGAACCUAAAAAAGGUGUUUUUCAAUUUUUUGAUCACAGUCGAAUGUCAACCAACUGAUGCAGACCAUGAAGGGACUUCCAUUGAGGAAGAUGAAGUUGUUCUAAAGAAGGCAUCCAAGAAAGGACAAGAAGGAGGUACAGAAAUCAAGUGUCUCUGUUCGACCCAGGAAACGUAAAAUAACUUCACAGAAAGAUGCCAUCAGCCAAUUAUCUACAACUCUUGAGAAUCUUCAAAAGCACAAGAUAAACGAAUCCAAACUUGGCUUGAGGCAGAUCAGAGAAGGGAAGAAGCAUUUCUUAAAUAUCAGGAGAAACAGGCAGAACUCAACCGACAAUAUGAACUGCGUAGGAUGGAGAUAAUGGCCCGUUUUCAGCAGCCUGUGUAA